GCCAUCUAUGUAAAUUGUAAUGUGUCAUUCCUUUCUCUUCACGUAACCUCACAGCUCUCUCUGUAUAAACGCAUAAGCAACACAAAUCAAUCAUACACAAAAAAAAAGAGGAAAAAAAUGGGGAAAGUGAGCUUGCUUCUUAACUUUCUCAUUAGCCAUGCCUCCAAGCAAGAAAGCAUGGAGAAAUUUGACAGAAACGGAGGAUCAAGCAGUGGGUUUAAGAUGCCGUUGCAUUACCCAAAAUACACAAAGGAUGAUUACGAGAAGAUGGAAGAGUGGAGACUUGAUUUGCUUCUCUCAGACUACGGACUCAUUGCUUUCCACGACACUAGUACUCUCCAUGAGAAGCGAGCUAUUGCGAUCGAAACUUUUCUGUGGCCUCAUGCGUACUAAAGGGUCGGAGAAUGUAGAGAUGCGGCCGAUAUAAAGAAAUGAACUACAAACCGAGAUAUCCAUCUACCGAAAAUAUCAUGAGAAGACUUUGUGGUAUCUUUGGUGAUACUAUACCUCAUAUUCUAUAGUUUUCAUCAUGUCUAUUUAUGUUUAAUACAUUAUAUAAGUUUGAUUUCAUAUGAAUCUGCAACUCAAUAAAGUAUGUGGUGUUUUGUCUAUA